CGCGCAGAGGGGGCCAAUCAGCGUGCGCGCCGAGGUUUCCUCGCGCCGCUGCCUCCUCGCUCUAUCCCCCCUCCCACCUUCACUCCCCCCGCCCGCGCGACGUUGCUGCUGCUCCCCACUCGCUCCCCCCUCCCUUCCCGACCCCCCCUCUCGCCGAGCUGAACCCCCCCUCCCCCGCUCGUUGCCGCCGCCAUGGACCCGAGCAACUGGAGCAGCUUCAUCUUCCAGCAGAGUCAUACACAGAACCCUCUGCAGGUUGGGACCGAAAUCCAGUCCAGAUUUUUUGCUGCUCAGGGCUGCAGUCAAAGCCCCUUCCAGGUGAGCUCUGUCUGGGCACCAAAUGGAGAGCGAUGGACCCCUUUGAAAAACGAUAUCUACUUGAGGCAGCUGCAUCUCAGUGCUGGAGACCAAAAUUUUUUAUACGAAUUGCCUCAACCUCAAAGGCACACUAGGGAUGGCAGAUGGACAGAGAGCUUUGUCCCUCCUGCAUCAGUUAGCUGCAUUUCUCUGACUGCCACCACAACAGCCCCUCCCCAGCAGACAGCCACCCCUGCUGAAUCCCUCCAAGUGGAUCUCCUUCCAGUCUUGGCUGCAGCCCAGGAAACAGCCGCUGCUGCUGCUGUGGUUGCUGCCGCUACUGGCUCCGCACCAUCUGCUUCCACAGUAGACACGGCCGCUUUGAAGCAGCAGCAACCUUCUGCUUCUGAGGGUGGUGGUGGGCAGGUAGCACCAUCCUCUCAAACUACACAAGCCCCAACCUCCCAGGCGGCUUCUGCUACGCAACAGCAAGGUGAUGCCCAGAAGAAGCCCAAGAGCAAAGGUCCCUACAUCUGCUCCCUGUGUGCUAAAGAAUUCAAAAAUGGCUACAACCUGCGGCGCCAUGAAGCCAUUCACACGGGGGCCAAAGCUUCUCGCGCUGGACCCACGACCAUGAAGAUGCCCACCAUGGUCCCCCUCAGCUUGCUUAGUGUUUCCGCCAUCGGUGGCACAACAGCAGCAACACCUGCCCCUGCCGAAGGUGCAGGAAACACAGCAGGGUCAGGAGCAGGGCUGGUGACCACUACAGCAUCAGGCAAACGCAUCCGGAAGAACCAUGCUUGUGAGAUGUGUGGGAAAGCCUUCCGGGACGUCUACCAUCUCAAUCGGCAUAAGUUGUCUCAUUCAGACGAGAAGCCCUACCAGUGUCCUGUCUGCCAGCAGCGAUUCAAGCGGAAGGAUCGCAUGAGCUAUCACGUCCGUUCGCAUGAUGGUGCUGUGCACAAGCCGUACAUCUGCAGCCACUGUGGAAAGAGUUUCUCUCGUCCGGACCAUUUGAACAGCCAUGUGCGGCAAGUCCACUCGACAGAGAGGCCCUUCAAAUGUGAGACAUGUGAAGCAGCCUUUGCCACCAAGGAUCGGCUGCGUGCUCACACAGUCCGUCAUGAGGAGAAGGUGCCAUGUCACGUGUGUGGAAAGAUGCUGAGCGCCGCCUACAUCACGGACCACAUGAAAGUACACAGCCAAGGGCCGAAUCAUGUCUGCGAACUGUGCAACAAAGGUACGGGUGAGGUCUGCCCCCUCGCGGCAGCCGUCUCGGCCCCACCUCCCGCCGCCGUCACGGUGCUGCCCAUGGAGGGAGCUUCGGUUGUGAGCCAAGCCCUCCCCACACAGCCCUGGUGAUUUCUGGGAGUGGGGAGGCAGAAGCCGACCCUCCCAGUCCCAUCCCUCUCCCUCACUGGCAGCUGGAGCCUCCAAGCCCAGAUGAAUAUGCAGUGGCCAUAUUUGGGUGUUUAAUUUAAUGGUGGUUUCAUUCAUUCGCUCCCCUGCCUGUGCUCGUAAAAUAGUGGUGCUGGGAAAGCACCUGCCCAGCCAAAGCAGCAGCUCUUGUUCAGAGGGCCAUGGAAGGGCUGUGUGUGCAUUCAGAGAGCACCCUCGUUUUAUUGACUCCCCUGCUCUAGUCCCCUUAACGUCUAGCCCCACAAGAGUCCCAUAAACCCAUGCAUCCUCUCCUGUCCUUAGCCAAAUAGCUACAGUCUUCGUCACCAUGAGUCUCUUGCUCAUUCCAGCAGUGCUCCCCAUUGCCCCUAAAUCAGCUACACAAAAAGAGUGAGACAAUGGGACAGGAAAGACUUAACAAGCUCAGCUCAGGAACAGAAUGAGGAGGGCUCAAGGAUGGGAUAUCUGUGGGACAAAAUUGUGGGGCAAGAUUGCAGCUGGUGGCGGGGGGAGGCCAGAGUUGGGAAUAGAGUUGUGUUGGUUGAGGGGUUGACAGAACUUGGGAAACCCAAAAAGAAGUUAGAAGGGGGAUGAAAAUCAGGAUUGAGGGGCAUUGUAGGUGCCAGGAGCUCAAGUCUGGGGUGGCAGGGGGCUGCAGUGGGAUGGGAUGGAAAAGGAUUGGAUUUCUCCAUGGCUUCAGUGUGGAGUGCCCUCCAUUCCCCUGCUGAGGAACUGCUCUGAAUUUCCCUCCUUGCCCAAGCACCUCAUUCUUUCAUGGUGUCUGUUUUAAUGCUCCAUUCCCUGAGCUUCUCUCGUGAUUCGUGUUCCAAGCGUGUCAGCCCCCCACACCAAGCAUUGAUGCCCCACCCGCUGAAAACCUUUCUUGUUGCAUGCAGCCCCCACAGUUUGGGGUUAGAGUCCUUGCUUUUUUGUAUUAUAUAUAUUAAAAAAAAAUCCCCUGACAUUUAAAAUAAACUCCCUUUGUGGUUUUUUUUUUGUUUUUGUUUUUUGUUAACACAAAAUGUAAUGAAGCUGUGUCCAUCUAUCCUUUCUCCCUGUUCCCUCCCUCACCCCACAUCUUUCCUUCUCCCAUGCACCCUUUCUGGAUCUGUGUCUCAACAGCAAAAGAUUUUAGUAAAAACAUUGAAGGAAAAAAAUCCA